AUGGAGGCCAGAGGCUUGGCAGCCGUAGAGGACGAGUGGAGGUGCCUGUCGGGGAGCCUCCCCUUGCCGUCACCGAUGGAGAUCCCGGCCACACAGGGCGCGUCCACACCCAGCAAGUCCUUCUCCUCGGCCCACAGACACCUGAGCAGGAAGCAUGGGCUCUCCAAGCUCUGCCAGAGCAGGACAGCACUCUCUGAGGACAGGUGGAACUCCUACUGCCUGUCGUCGCUGGCUGCCCAGAACAUCUGCGCCGGCAAGCUGCACUGCCCCGGGCUGCCUGAGCUCUCUGACCCGGCCACCACCCUGGGCAGCCCCUCCUGCUGCUCCCUGCUCCGGGGCCUGCCCUCGGGCCUGUCAGCGCCCCUGCUCCCGGCCCCCGUCUGCAACCCCAACAAGGCCAUCUUCACCGUGGACGCCAAGACCACUGAGAUCCUGGUAGCCAACGACAAGGCCUGUGAGCUCCUCGGGUACAGCAGCCAUGACCUGAUUGGCCAGAAGCUCACACAGUUCUUCCUGAAGUCGGACUCUAACGUGGUAGAGGCCCUCAGCGAGGAGCACGUGGAGGCCGACGGCUGCGCUGCUGUGGUGUUGGGGACAGUGGUGGACAUCAUCAGCCGCAGUGGGGAGAAGGUUCCGGUCUCCGUGUGGAUGAAGAGGAUACGGCAGGAGCGUGGCCGCUGCUGCGUGGUGGUGCUGGAGCCCGUGGAGAGGGUCUCGGCCUGCGUCUCCUUCCAGCGCGACGGGACCAUCACGUCAUGUGACAGCCUCUUUGCGCAUCUCCACGGCUACGCGUCCGGGGAGGAAGUGGCUGGGCAGCGCAUCACAGACCUGAUUCCUUCCGUGCAGAUCCCUCCCCCUGGCGAGCACAUCCCAAAGAAUCUCAGGAUCCAGAGGUCCGUGGGGAGAGCAAGGGAUGGUACCACCUUCCCUCUGAGCCUAAAACUCAAGGCCAGGCCCGGCCCCGAUGAGGUGGAGGGGGGCCCGCCCUUGCCCGUGCCCAGCUACACGGCCUCCGUCUGGGUGUUCUGCACCAUCAGUGGCCUCGUCACCCUCUUGCCAGAUGGCACCAUCUACGGCAUCAACCAUAGCUUCGCGCUCAUGCUGUUUGGCUACGGGAAGGCUGAGCUCCUGGGCAAGAACAUCACGUUCCUGAUCCCUGGCUUCUACAGCUACAUGGACCUCGCCAAUGACAGCUCCCUGCCCCUGCCAGACCUGGCCCAGUGCCUGAACGUCAGCCGGGACAGCAGCCCUGGGGGGGCAUCGGCGGAACCCUGGCGGGGCUGGGACCUGUCUGGCGGAGCCAACGGUUCCAGCGUGAGCAUCGUGCUCGCUGAUGCUGAUGCAGACGCCCUGCCACGGGAUGUGACCCUGGCGCCAGCCGGGAACCAAGGAGAAGAAUUCCUCCGGACGCAGGCCCUGCAGGAACGCGAGGGCCGCCUCCCUGGCCCAUGCUCCUCCCAGCUGGCCCUGGGGACGGACACUGCUGGAGGACGCCUGGCAGCCCAGGACCAGGAGACCCAGCAAGGACCAGGGGAGGAGAGUUCCCAGGAGGACCUGCGGGAGGACAGCAGGUCUGAGCCCGGGGUUAAGAGUCCACAUGCUGUACGUGAAGACCCUGGAACCCCAGCUAUAGCGGAGGAUAGGAAGAGGAACAUUCCAGAGUGCAAUCUAGAUCCAGAGGGGGCCACAGGCUUCAGUCCUCAGAUCGAGGCCACCGUGCCCAAGCCCAGUGCCGAGAGCCAGCCAGCUGGAGCCAGCUUCCCAACGCACUGCCCCCAGUGUGGGACUGAGUUGCUUGCCCAGCGAGGGGACCUGAGCCCCCCGGGAAUGACACACGUCUCACUGGGGAUGCCUAUACUUAAUGACCUGUGGCUGGGUGGGGGCAGUGACAGGGAGGAGUUGCAGACCUGCCUGAUCAAGGAGCAGUUGUCCGCACCGAGCUUUGCGGGGGCCGUGGACACCCCCUCUGCCAGGCCCCUCCCUGCAGAACACCCCGCUUUUGUUGCCUCUCUGUCGUUCUGUGACCUCGGAGGCAGAGGUUUGCAGGGCGGCCGCUCAGGCAGCUCCUCGGCCUGCUAUGCCCUGGCCACGGACCUCCCUGGCACCCCGGAGCCCACGAAUGGGCAUGAUGCCAACGUGGCCACGUUCUCCUGGGCCUUGAAGGAGUUCUUCCUCAGUGAGCGGGUGGCCCGGGUGUCCUCAGGCUGCUCCUGUGCGGCCUCGGGCCUCACCCGGCCACCCUCUUCUCUGGGAUUGGGCUCCACCCUGGACGAGGGCAGCCUCCGGGGGCAGCAGUCAGACGCCUUGCGGCUGGACCGGGAGGGGCUGCUGCUGCUGACCGGCACCUCCUCUGACCUCAGCGUUUUCCGGAAGGGCCGUCUGGCCCACAACCGGACGGCACCAUCUGAGGCUUGUCUGCUGUCCUCCCUGCCCCCUGAAGCCGGCCCUGGGGACAUGCUCCCACACACAGAGCCUCCGGAGCUGGGCCUCCAGGCGACUUCCACGCCGGUGAGAGGGGAGAGCACCCCGCCGCCCAGGGCCGCCGGCCCCCCUCCGGAGAUCCAAGAGGGCACCUACUCAGGCAGCUGCUACCACCGGGAUGGCUCGCGGUUGAGCAUACAGUUCGAGGUGCGGCGCGUGGAGCUGCGUGGUGCUGCCACGCUCUUCUGCUGCUGGCUGGUGAAGGACCUGCUGCGCAGCCACCGGGACGCGGCAGCCCGCACCCAGCUGCUGCUGGCCAGCCUGCCCGGCUCCACCCACUCCAUAGCCGAGCUGGCGGGGCCCAGCCUGGGCGAGGUGCUCAAAGCCAAGCCCUGGUUUGAGGAGCCCCCUAAAGUGGCCGAGCUGGAGGGGCUGGCGGCCUGCGAGGGCGCGUACUCCCACAAGUACAGCACGCUGAGCUCCCUCGGCAGUGGGGCCUUCGGCUUUGUGUGGACGGCCGUGGACAAGGAGGAGAACAAGGAGGUUGUGGUGAAGUUUAUUAAGAAGGAGAAGGUUUUGGAGGAUUGCUGGGUCGAGGAUCCCAGACUCGGAAAAGUGACCCUAGAGAUUGCAAUCCUCUUGAGGGUGGAGCACGCCAACAUCAUCAAGGUGCUGGACGUGUUUGAGAAUCAAGGGUUCUUCCAGCUGGUGAUGGAAAAGCAUGGCUCCGGACUGGACCUCUUCGCGUUCAUCGACCAGCACCCCAACCUGGACGAGCCCCUGGCGAGCUACAUCUUCCGGCAGCUGGUGUCAGCAGUUGGAUACCUACGCUCGAAGGACAUCAUUCACCGGGACAUCAAGGACGAGAACAUUGUGAUAGCUGAGGACUUCACAAUUAAGCUGAUAGACUUUGGCUCAGCUGCCUACUUGGAAAGGGGAAAAUUAUUUUACACCUUUUGUGGAACAAUUGAGUACUGUGCACCUGAAGUUCUCAUGGGAAACCCGUACCAAGGCCCGGAGCUGGAGAUGUGGUCACUGGGAGUCACCCUGUACACCCUGAUCUUCGAGGAGAACCCCUUCUGUGAGCUGGAGGAGACUGUGGAGGCUGUGCUGAACCCCCCAUAUGAGGUGUCGAAAGAGCUCAUGAGCCUCGUGUCUGGGCUGCUGCAGCCCAUCCCUGAGCAGCGCACCACUCUGGAGAAGCUGGUGGAGGACCCGUGGGUGACACAGCCCGUGAACCUUGCAGACUACACCUGGGAGGAGGUGUGUCGGGUGAGCAAGCCAGAGAGUGGCACCCUGGCCGGCAUGAGCAUGGAGACGGAGAGGAGGAGCCCGCGGGAAGGGCGCGGGGGCCCAGGCCCGGGGGCGGGUCCUAGCGGCCCCCCAGUGCCGUGUGCACAGGCGUCGUAG